UACCUUCUGUCAAACCGACCUUUCCAUAUUCUUCACAGCUUUAUCAAUUCACUGUUAAUUUUGUUAGCGAUUCUACGAAAGCCAAUCCGUUCAAUUUUACUACAAAAGGACACCGAAGAAUCAAAUCCAAAAUCCCAAAACCCCAUUCGUCAAGCAAAGCUACAACUUCGUUUUCCAUAUCCAUCAUCCAGACCAAACCUAUCCUUUCGUUUUCCAUAACCCAAUUUCCCAUUCUUCUUCUUCUUCUUCUUCUUCUUCUUCUUCAAUUCAAGAGAGAGAAAACGACUUCUGUUCCUCUUUUGGACUAGUCGAGAUCCGAUCCUUAUUGGGUUUCAAAAAUUUUGGACUCUUGUGUUUGUCUAUGGCCUUUGGACUAUUAUAGAGAGAGAAAUUGAGAGACCCUUUGAAGUACAGAGAGUGAGAGAGGAGUAUAUAGGGCAAAAGGCGGCGAGAUCUCAAUACCCAUUUCGUUUUUUAGAGUAAUUUUUGUUUUAGGCCUUUUAUCGAAUAGAUGGUGGGAAUUUUUUCAAGGUUUUCUGCUAGCAGAACAGGGCAUCGACGAGCGCAAAGUGCCCUCGAUGGGAGGGAAGGACUGCCUCCAAAUCCAGAAAGUACAGGUGUUAGUGCUACCUCUGCUGCUGCUUCUCAUGGAAUUGAAGUAGCAGUGGAGUUCAAGCCCGUCGAACACCCAAUUGAGCCUCUCGACAACGAUAGGCCAAUUCAGUGCCCAUUGCCUGAACCGUCUAUUCUGAAUGAUGGAAGAAUAUGGAAGGAACGUGUAUCGAGUAUACGGAAACUGCCAGAUUUGCCUGUUAUGAAAGAAGCCGAAGUCGGUGAGACAAGACCACGGGCAACACGCACAAUCUUACCAUCUAUCAGUGCCCCCGAACAUAACAUCCUAAACCUACUUGAGGAAUCCGGGAUAUAGCACAACUAGUUACUUAAAUUAGAGCUCCCUAUACAAUAUUUUUUAAAGUUUGCAUCCCCUCACCCCACCCCUCAACCAAAUUCUUACCUUUAUUGUUUUUCCAUGUACAAUGCCAUGUCACAGGUUCAGUGUUUACAUAAUAUAUCAGAAGUUUUGUGUUCAAAUCUUCA